CUCCAGUGCUCGUACUUACCUACUAAGAUUAGAAUAAAAAAUAAAUAAACAAACAAAAAAUGUUUUCGAGUAAAUUAACAAAGGGUGCCGUGGCGUUCGAGUUGGCGUUGGUUUUGUUGCCGUUGUGCGGUGCCCUUAUUAGCGAUUACAAUCGCCGAGAAAACAUCGCGGAAAGUUCGGUUUUCCCGAAACAGGAAACUUUCGAGGCCUACUUGGACGUCGCCCCGUUCCAAUUAAUGGAUCCCAUAGCUCUAGGUAACUUCGAUCAUUUACCAGCGAAUCAACUCCAUCGAAUUCCAUCGAAUUGCACGCUAUUCAUCCCGAGGAUAUUCGCGAAUAGCGCUGUAAACCUCGAACUACGAGGACCGUUCUUACACAUCAAAGCCUACUGCGAAAACCUAGGCCUACUCGAUUUCGUUUUAGCGCCUACUACAAAAAACACCGACGAUAUGCGAGUCGUUUUCGACGUAGACAACACCGAGUACAUCAUUUUGAAUUAUUUGUACGUGAAAAUCAUUUUCGCCGGUUUGUUCAUCACCACAGGACUUUUAGUAGCCGUGGAAAUCCGGGAUAUUUACGAAAAAUUCAAACUAAACAGACGCAACAAACAGUUCGUCAGGUUAAUCGAAGAUGACGUUUGACAUUUGACAUUUGACACAAUUGACGUUUGGCAGCUUUUUAAUAUGUCGUGAUUCAUAAUUAGAUUAAAAAUCUGUGAUAAGUAGGUAUUAAAUAACAAUUUAUAGGUUUG